UAGAUCUCGGUUGAUGCCCUGCCCAUCGGAAAAAGAGGAAAUGAGGGGGACGGGGGGACCAGGCUGACCCCCUUUCAUGGGGACGCAUGUUGAUUCUAUCUACCUCUCUUUUUGUCUUUUUGUCUCUCUCUCUCUCUCUCUCUAUCUCUCUCUUGCCUCGUCGUCGUUCCAUUAAAUCCUCGUCCUUUAGGUGCAUCAUACGGAGUGCUGGGCAGACCUCUUCUCGUCUUCUACCAGCCUUUCGUAUGCCUGGGACAUAGAUAGAAUCAACACAUCCCAGGUUUUGCGAAAGAUCUAUCCGGCAUCAUGGGGAACGUCAACACCAUUUCAUCAUCCCUCGCGGUAGGGGCUUUGCUCCUCACAUCCGGCGUCAGAGCUCGCCUUUACGAAGUCCACUUUCCCCAUGCCACCACUACUCUCGAGUUUCCCGCUCUGGAGGGGUUUAUUCCCAGGCCGACACCAAAACCCACCCCCUCCUUGGACGUCCGCCGACGGCAAGCCGAUCUGGUCGAAACGCUCUUCCUGGCCCCCGACAACACCUGCGGCUAUGUCGACGGCAGCACAGAUCUGGUCUACACCUGCUAUACCGGCUACAAUUGCGUGAUCGCAACAGCCAUGGCUGACGAACCUGGCGCAAUCGUGUGUUGUAACGCAGCAGAGUGUGGCGGCUACCACCCAGCGUGCUACGACGACGCAGAGGUUUCGUCUGGUCUAUGUAGCGGCAACUGCCUAUUCGACACGGAG